AUGGGGCCAAUAGACCUUCUCUCUCCCCAGCUGCCCAUGGUGUCCACAGAGGUUCCAUCUGGGAAUGGCAGAAUAAGAGGGGUGCUGCUGGUGUUGCUGUACGUGUCCCACUCUUCUGCCAGUUGCGGCAUCCAGAAAACCCCACUGGUGGACGAAUCCGAAGAGAACCUGGUCAGCGCCAUGGAGUUCCCCUGGGUGGUGUCCGUGCAGGACUCGCAGUACACACAUCUGGCAUUCGGCUGCAUCCUCAGCCAUUUCUGGAUCCUCAGCAUCGCAUCCGCAUUGCAGGACAGGAAGGAAGUGAUCGCUGUGGUUGGGAUAGCUAACAUGGAUCCCAGAAAGAAUGCUUACAUAGAGUACCCGGUCAGCACCAUCAUCAUCCACGAGGACUUUGAUAACUACUCCAUGAACAAUAACAUAGCCCUCCUGAGGACAGACUCGACGAUGCAUUUCGAUGAUCUGGUCCAGUCCAUCUGCUUCCUGGGGAAAGAGCUGCCUGUCCUCCCAGCCUUGCAGAACUGCUGGGUGUCAGGAUGGAAUCCCACAUCUGCAACAGGAAAUCACAUGACAAUGAGUAUCCUGAGGAGAAUCUCCGUGAAAGAUGUCGACCUGUGUCCCCUACCCAAACUCAAGAAACUAGGCUGUGGCAGUCACACAGAACGGGAAACUGAUACCGUCUGCUUGGGGGAGCCAGGAAGCCCCAUGAUGUGCCAGCUGAAGAAUUUGGAUCUAUGGGUCCUGAGAGGGCUUCUGACCCAUGGUGGUGAGAAAUGCCCUGGUCUCUAUCUGUACACCAAGGUGGAAGACUACAGCGACUGGAUCACAUCCCAGGCCAGCCACGCCGGCCCUUCCCUGUCUUCGCUCCAUCACUGGGAGAAGAUGAUCCAUUUCUCCCACCACAGAGUCCCUGCUGUCGUGACGCGGAAUGUAUAUUCUCAACACGUCCAUGUUGGAUGGUCCAAAUCCUACCUCCAAGAACAAAGAAAGACCGUUGCACCUUUACAGCAAGCAAACAGUUCUAGCUCCAGACAUGUUCUAGAUAAUAGGAUAAAGGGUCUACAGCAACCAGGCCAUCCUGCAGAAGUGCCUUUUCAACCCAUGUACUAUGACUACUAUGGUGGGGAAGCUGGGAAGGUGUCUUUUGCAGGUCAGGACACAGUGCAGCCCCAAGGAAUCAUCUUGGUUUUCUUCAUGCUUAUUUUCUUUAGCAGCAGUGUGUAGAUCUAGGAGCAAACCUACCAAACUGAAGAGAAAACUCAGAAUGCUGAGUGCCAGGUCACCAUGCUGUUGUGGUACCUGGUUUUGACAGUUGCAUGCCUGGGCUGCCACGGAUAGACCCAUGGCAUGCACCGGGCUGGCUCUCCCUCCUCUGUCCCACUCCCGCUUGUGGGAAGGUCACUUUCAUUUAUGCUUGUGAACUAAAUGUCAAACCAUUAGAGUGCCCUGUGGUUCUUUCACCGGUGUUAAUGGCUCAGGCCAGGCUGUGAAGACAGUCCCCGGCAGCAGAUGUGGCCAGGAAGGUGACAAUUGGCAUGGCUGGGGAAUGGAAGACACCAGCCACCACAGGGAACACAG